CGAUCACGUAUCGGCCAUCUUACACCGCUCCCGCCCGCAAGCUCACCAUACAAACACUGCUCGAGAGGCCCCGCUGCUUCUCUCAACAAUACCGUCCAGCGCGCUCGUCGAACCGCGCGUUGACUUCGCCUCGCAAUCAUGGCUCCUCCCAAGAAACAGCAGCAGAAACUGUCCCUGGGGGACUUUCUGACCGACCAAGCUCUGGGAUCAUGGGCCGAUGAGAUGGAAGAUAUGCCUCUUGGCACUUCAGCUCAGACAACUGGAUAUGGCGGAGGCCGACCAACCUUCGGUUCCGCUGGCGGAUACGCAGACCGUGGCUUUGCCAGCACUAAUGACCGCAACUACGCCGUCCGUGAAGCGCUGCCUCUCCCCACGAAACCCCCAUAUACCGCCCAUCUUGGCAACCUUUCCUUCGAUGCUACCGAGGGCGAUAUCACCGACUUCUUCAGUGGAUGUGAGGUGACAAAUGUCCGCAUCGUGGAGGACAAAAUGGAGAGGAAGCCGAAAGGCUUUGGAUAUGUCGAGUUCGGAUCUCUUGACGGCCUGAAAAAGGCUUUGGAGCUAAACGGCACGCAAUUCCAGGGUAGAAAUAUCCGAAUCAGCGUCGCUGAGCCUCCCAAGGACCGCGAGGGACAACGCGAAAUCACCGACUGGACUCGCAAAGGACCGUUGCCUGACCUCCCUGGUGGAAAUCGCCGAGUAUCUGAGCGAACUGGCGGCGGAUAUCAGCGCAAUUUUGGCGACGGCGGCUCUGACAACGGCAGCGAGCGUGGCGGAGACCGUAGGCGUCCCGCCUUCGAAAGCGAUGGCAAAGUCCGUGACUUCAGCAACUGGGAGCGGAAAGGCCCCUUGUCCCCUGUUCCACCUACUGGCGGCAUGAGAGAGGGCGGCCGUGUUCGAAGCAACGAUGGAGGACCUCGUCCAGAGCGACGACAGUCUCCAGGAUGGGGAGAAGGCCGAUCCAAUGACGGCUCACGCCCACCGCGCCGCGAGUUCGCUGACCGCCCGGCAUACGACCGACAACCUACCGCACCUGAACUUGACAACCAGUGGCGAACCAAGAUGAGGCCAGAUGCACCAGCCAAGUCGCCCACCGCGACCCCCGAUGCGAGCGUACCGUCGUCUCCUGCACCCUCGCACGCAGCCCCUGCGACGCGUCCGAGGUUGAACUUGGCCAAGCGUACUGUCUCGGAAUCAGACCCUGCUCCAACUUCCGCAUCCUCCACCGACUCUAAGCCUAAUCCUUUCGGUGCUGCCAAGCCGAUUGACACUGCCAAAAAAGAGAAGGAGAUUGAAGAGAAGCACCUGCUUGCUAUCCGCGAGAAGAAGGAGAAAGACGAAAAAGCACGUGAAGAGAAGAGGGCCAGGGAUGCUGCCGCGAGAGCCGCCGAGAAGGAAAAGGAUGCGGGCGCUCAAACUCCCACAAGCCCGAAGGAGCCCUCGAAAGAGGUUAAGGAGAAUGGUGAAGAUAAGCCAGCGGCCCGAAAUUACGAAAUUCUACGACGCAUUGAUGACGAAAACGGCGAGACUGACGAACUCGAAGAUGACGCUGUUGAUGCCCCUGCCAACGGCAACAUCGUCGACGACAAGGCUGUGAAGCCCAAGGAAGUCGUUCGUAACCCGCCGAAAGCCGAGACUGGCGCCUGGAGACGAAAGUCUGGCGCGCCCGCCACCUCUAAUGAAUCUGCCACUCAGGGCAUGGAAGACGACGGCUGGAGUACUGUUCCCCAGAAAUCUGGCAAGGGACGAAGGGGCGGCCCGCAAGGAUCUCGUGCCAUUGCCUCCUAGACGAGCAGGCCGCAUCUCUCUCAAUCUCGUGUCGUGGGGACUGUUAU